CUAUUGUAUUACGUUGUAAUAUUAAAAAGGAUCUUAUUUUCUUUUUUUUUACCUUCACAUCAGAGUUUUUCCUGCUCUGAUUUAUGAAAAAGAAUUCAAAAAUUUUUUAUUACUUUUUUAAAGAUUAGUAAAUCAAAUUAAAAAAAAAAAAAAUGUCGAAAGAAGAAGUAAAUAUAGAACUUAGCAACUCUAAUACGGAAAAUGUUACCUCGACCACACCAGACUCUACCAAGAAAAGAUGGAAAGACCAUUUUUCAUAUCUUUUCUCAGUAGAAUUUAUUAUUAUAUUGUUACUUGGCCAAUUCCUUUCAUUUUGUAUUACAUGUACUAUAGUAACAAGUGGCAAAUUAGCAGAAUAUAACUUAAUUGCACCUACUUUCCAAUCUUUAUUGACUUAUAUUGCUUUAUUUCUAAUUUAUACUCCUAUAAACAUAUACAAGAAAGGAUUUAGGGGAUAUUUAGAAAUGCUUAAAACUAGAUGGUGGAAGUAUUUGAUUCUCAGCAUUAUUGAUGUUGAGGGAAAUUACUUUAGUGUGAAAGCAUACGCAUAUACUUCACUCCUCUCUAUAAUGUUACUUGACGCAUGGUCAACCCCUUGCGUAGUUAUAUUAUCAAUUAUAUUUUUAAAAAUUAGAUUUCAUUGGAGUCAGUAUCUUGCUGUGCUAAUUUGUUUGGGUGGAAUAGCUGUAAUAAUUGUAUCCGACUUUCUUGAAGGGAAAGAUUUGCAUUCGGCAACUAGACCAGUAUUGGGGGAUAUAUUUUGUUUACUAAGUGCUACUUUCUAUGCUAUUUCUAAUGUAACGGAAGAAUACUUUGUUAGAAAACGUCCAUUGUAUGAAGUUAUAGGUCAACUCGGUUUUUAUGGAAGUAUAGUCAGUGCUAUACAAUUAGCGGCAUUGGAACGAACAGAAUUAGCCGGUGUAAUUUGGAACGGAGAACUUGUUGGAAUCCUUAUCGCCUAUACUAUUGUUAUGAUUCUUUUUUAUACUGGAGCUCCAAUACUAUUCCGUUUGUCUUCUGCAGCAUUCUUUAAUCUUUCUUUGUUAACGAGCGAUUUUUAUAGUUUAACUUUUGCUAUUUACUUAUUCCACGAAAAGAUGUACAGAUUAUAUCCAGUUGCAUAUGUUGGAACAAUGUUAGGUCUUAUAAUUUAUCAUAUUUAUCCUGCUACUAAACCAAAAAUUAAUGAAGACAAAGAUAACGAUGAACAAAAUAAAGAAGAAGUAAAAGAUGAAGUAAAAGGAGAAACAAAAGGAGAAGCAAGAGAUAAAAGUGUGGAAACUGCCGUAUAAUUUAAUUAGUAUAUUAUAUUUAUUUAAUUUUAUAUAUUAUAAUUUUAUAUAUUAUAAUUUGUAUUUGUAUAAAUAUGAAGGCGCAGAUAAGAAAGAAGCUAACGAGAUUGUAAAUUAAAUUACGUUUAUCAUAAUAAUAAUUGUAUUUGUAUAAAUAAAUAAUUUGUAAUAAAGGCGCAGAUUACGUUAUAGUUAUUAUUACGCUUGUAUUACACGCAAAUUCCUUCUUUCAUACGUUUAUCCGAUGUAAAUUUCACAAAAAAAUUCCUAGAUCUAUUAUUCGAAAAUAUUACAUAUAUACUUAUAUAGUUUAAGAUGUGAUGAUCCCAACAUGAUUGGUGGAAUUUUACACUGACGUUCAAAAAAUCAUAACCAAUCGUACACUGUCCUCUGUGAAUUAUGAAGAAUAUCAAGAAUAUCUUCGAUUAUCUAUCGUUUUUUUACUUCAUAGAUAAGUUUUUU